AUGAUCUCCGUCACUUACGUCGCCUCACGAAUUGCUAUAACUGGGUUCCUAUCGGUGUCGUUUUUCCCAAAAACCGUCAUCACUCCUACGCUUCAGGUUCUGCGCGAUCCCAAGAAGGUUUCCGCCAAACGUUUCAUGUCGACGUUUUGCAUGUCAACCAUAAGCCUCCUUCUGGCCGCCGACGAAGUCGCACGAAGGUUUCUCGCCCACGAAACACAUGCACCCUUCACUGGCGCUAACGCUACUGACGACACGCCCACUGCUCUGAGUGGUCGCCCGCCCUCCGACUUAGCACUUCCAGACGACCACGAACCCUCAAAAGAACGAAAGGUCGACGAUCCAUGCACGACAGAAUCCCCAGUUUCAGCUUCGCCAUCUUUCCUUCAUUCUUUUUCACCAUCUUCGUCAACUGUAUUCAAUCCCGACUCGACGCCUUCCACCAUUAUCGAUUUGCCGAUCUCCCCCUCUAGUUAUUGUAACCGCCUAUCAAUCUUGUCUGACAACACCCUCGUGGACGACCACGACGACAUGUCCUCUGACGACACCUCGUACACGAAAGACCUUGAGUGGUCUGGUGACGAAAGGACUUUCCACGAGGACAACUAUAUUACAGCACACCCUACGCAUGUAUCAGCACACCCUAUCGCAACGGCUAUUUCGACUACAACACAAUUUACGCCUGAACCAACACGGCCUUCGCAUGUACCACCACACCCUACACACGAACCACCACACCCUACGCACGAUAAGCACGGACGCCACUUCGACAUUCUACCCCCAACAACAACAACCAUCGCCAUCCUACCCCCAACAAUCACAACCAUCGCCAUCGACCAAGAUCUUUUUUGUCCGUCGAACCUUCGACCAUGUGCUCUAGUCGAUGAAAUCCGAACGACCUCGAUGAAUACUAACCUUCCUCUUCCCCGAUAUGUCCACCCCAAGGACAUAUUGCUCCAGAAGCCAAAGGCCACGCCCUCCCUCCGCAAGCUCAAGUUUAGCAUACAGGAAAAGCGCACACCUAGAGUUUCUCGAUUAAACGCUGCCUGCGACAGCAUCGCGCGUUCUCACUCCAGGCGACACGCCAACGUGAUCGUAGGUCACCUCACGCAAGAGUACGACCGGAUUCGCGCUGACCACGCUGCUCUCCUCGACGACUGGGUUACUGCAAUGGCGGAGGAUCACCGCCGCUUCUUCCCAGUGUUGAUACAAUCACAGCUUCAGAGCCUGGUUCACGAAUCAAGGCCCGCCUUGCGCCACUCCGCCAACGAACGCGUGCUAUCGCAGCGGCUGUUCCAGCCAUCACCGCAACAUCCUCAUUUCCCUGGCAACGCAUGUUCUGACGCUACCUUCACGAAUCACCAUUUCACGCCCGCCCGCCAAGAACACGCCACGAUACCAUCAGAAGACGACAUUUCAUGA